CAGCAAUACAGCAGUUACCGACUACGUGAUGAUGUAGAUGUUCUGACACAUCUCCAACUGAUUGGUGGAAGUUCGCUCGUAAGAAAGGCCACCACUGUAUCGAAUGUACCUGAAGCUAGUGAUAUAUAUGCUCUACAUAUGUUUUACCUUCAAGAGGAUUUGAGACAGAUUGAUUCAACUAUAGCAGACGCAAGAGCACAAAUAAUAAAUGCGCGAACUCAAGCCCCCAAAAAUAUAAAAGAGGAAACUUGGCCCAUUGGUUCAUCACCUGCACAUUACCCCGCAACAAGGCAAGUUUGGGCUAUUCUGAAAUGUACUGAUAUAGUUACUACAAGCAUGAACAUGGAUGAACAGCAUCUUUAUCUUUGUCUUGUAGACCCCAGAGGGGGAGGUGAAGUAAGUCAUGGCACUAGCAUUUGUAUCAACUGCAGUAAUAUUGGUAACUCUGGUAGAUGCCUGCAAGCAGCAUUGAAUUCCUACUGGCUUCUUUUCCAGAGUGUUGUAAAUGCCAGUAUUGCUCAUAUGCAUCUGAAGACCAAAGGAAGCCUAGAAUAUCGUGGCAUUGAGUAUGGCCAUCGGCGGUUAGACCCAACACGAGGAGUGGAUUAUAUUCUCUCUCUUAUAUUUCGUGAUAACACAUCUGGUCAAACAGUGUCAAGAAAAGUUGAGGCAUCACGUCCCCUCACAGAACCAGAGAUCAUACCAAUGCCAUAUGUCACAGAGAACAAUCGUAUAACUCUGGUGAUGCCUGUGGUUCAAGAUGAAUUGGUAGAAGCAGUUGACUUUGUUAAGAGAUAUGAAGCUGAAUGCAUGGUAACUGGAGAGCACACGUUCCUUCUUCUUGCUCUGUUAUAUCUACCUGGGACAUCUUCAUCAGGGGAUGCUGCCGAUGUGUUCAAGGUAAAACGGACCUUCUGGUUAUAUUAUGGUUUGAAAAUCAUCUAG